CGUUGGCUAGGAGUUCGCCUAGGCCUCGUUUGAAACUACAAAUUUCAGUUAUUUUUACUGUAAUGAUUUAUCAUCAAUACGCUCACGUAUCCCUAAUACUGCCUAAUAGUAAUAGUAAUAGAUCUAGAAUCUAGUUAGUCACCUAUAGUCUAGAUCUAGUAGGAUGGUUAAAUUUUAGAGUAAAAAAUGGAUGACCAUUUUGAUAACCUUGAUGUGCCAGAGGACUGGCUGGAAACAGGAAGCAAGCGAAAAUCAUCUCAUUAUGUUGAUGAUUCACCAUCCAAAAAAACGAAGCUACAUGCAUCUGAGAAUAAUAACAACAGUAUUGCUCACUGCUCUAAACAUUGUGUUGAGAGCGAUAAACUUUUGAACGAUUCAGGAAAAUCAAAUCAUCUUCCUUCCUCACCAACUCUCACUGGAACAUUUGAAGAUGAAUCACUUAAUCAACCUGAGAAUUUGUUUGAUGUUGAUACUAGUCAGUCUACUUUAGAGCUGUCAAAUGCAGAAGACUUGUAUGAGAAUACCUAUUCAGGAAAAGUUGUGUCUAACACAAACAUUUUAGAAGAUUCUAAAUUAUGUGUGGUUUCAGAAUACCCUAAAUACUGUUCCAACGUCUUUAAACCAAUACAAAAUGAAGUUAGCUCUGUACCAACAGAUGUCUUUACCAUUGAUACAGAUAAAAAGAACAACAUUCCUGACAAUGUUAAAGGUGAUGUUGCAGCCCCAUUGGCCUCAGUCUCGGGUGAUCUUAUUGCUGAUGUUCAGCUUGUUUUAGCUGCCGUUCCUUCAGCUGAUGCCAAUGAAGUUUUUGCACUGCUAGAGUCUUUGCCUUCAUCAAGUGAUAGAGUGAAUGCUGUUGUUGAUAACUUGAAACAAUCUGCUGAAAAUAUUGGUGGCUCAAAACCAGUUUUGGUGAAGAGAGAGAGUUCCACUUCAAUUUUAGAUGAUCCCUUAUUAAAAGAUGAUCUUUUAUUUCGUGAUAUGAGGAGUAUUGCCAAAAUAUUUCCAGAUAAAGAUAGGAACGAGAUCUAUGCAAUGCUUGAAGUCCAUUUUAAUAAACCAAACAGGAUCCAGCUGGUGACCAAUGAAAUCAUUUCUGCUGAAAACAACACCAGGGAAGAAGUCCCAGUGAAAGAUGUGCUGACCCAAGAUGUUGAGAGGAUGAGAGUUAUCUUCCCUGACUGUGACCCCAACUAUUUGUUUGAGACUCUGGAGUCUAUGAAAGAUCAACCUGAUAGGAUUGACAUUUUGGCCACUAAGAUGUUUGAAAAUAAAAACUAUCCUAAAUUAUCAGAACAAAUGUAUCAAAAGAAGCAUGAACCACAGAUACCAAAUCCAACCAUUGAAGAGUUCCUCAAAAUAUUUCCUGAACCACUAGACACAUUUUCAAAAACAGAUAAAGAGGUUUCUUUUCUUUACAGACAGCAUGCACAGAUAUAUUUAAAUAAUCAGUUUCGAACUCUAAGUGCCACUUUUAUGAAGUCUGAAUUACAGAAAAACCAACACCAUUUAUAUCCUACAUAUAAAACUCUAUCUGAUGUCUUAAUUUCUACACCUUUAGAGAAACAGAGAUUUUCAAAUAAAUUUAACAGAAAUAAGAGAAAAGGACAUGCUUUUCCAGCAGAAAUAGAUGAAUAUUUCUACUAUGAAAAAUGGUUUAUUGAAAAUGAGCUGGAUGUAUUAGAAUUUCCAAAAAAGAAAGAGCAAGAGAGGCAAGAGAAGCUAGAGCGGGCUAAACUUAGGGGAGAAACAUACGAAUGCUGUUGUUGCUAUGACGACUGCCUGUUUGAGGAGCUGACCAGCUGCCCAGAUGGUCAUUUGUUCUGUAAAACAUGUGUCAUCAAGUAUGUAGAGUCAGCGUUUGGAGAAAUGAAAACAACGUUUCAAUGUUUGACUGGCUUCUGCGAUCAAAACAUUACACUGAACACCCUACAGUCAAUUAUACCAGCCAACUUGUUCUCCAAGAUAGUUCGCAGAAUCCAGGAAGAGGAAGUGUUGCAGGCCAAUCUUCCAGAUCUUGUCAUUUGCCCUUUUUGUCCCUUUGCUACAGUCAUGCCAAAUUAUGAAGACAAGAUUUUAAAAUGUUUAAACCCUGAUUGUUUAAAAGAAUCUUGUAGGCUGUGUAAAGAGCCCAACCACAUACCACUAAGAUGUGAAGAGGUCGAGAAGAGACCGGAAACAGCUAUGCGCACUUACAUAGAAAACAUGAUAUCUGAAGCUGUUAUGAGAAAGUGCCACAAAUGUGGGAAGAGAUUUGUGAAAGACACAGGCUGUAACAAGAUGACCUGCGUCUGCAAGGCCACAAGCUGUUACUGUUGUAAAGCGAAGGACAUUGAUUACUCACACUUUGAACAUAAUGCUAGGUGUGCAAAUGAAAAUGCUGAGAAAAUCCAUCUGCGUGACAUGGAGGAAGCUGCCAUUGCAGCAAAAAGACAAUACCUGAUUGACCAUCCAGAAGCUGCAAACAUUGCCCUCAAGUCCGAUGUGAAAGAUAUGAUCAAAGACUACAAGGAAACCAGGAAGACCAGGAAAACUGGGUAUAAUAAUUACCAGUAUGAUGAGGAGGAUGAUAGCGACGAUGAUGAUGAUGAUGAUGAUAGCGAAAGUGAUGACGAGGAUGAUGAUGAUGAAGAUGAUUUUUUUGACAAUGAUAGUGAGGAGGAGCAUGAUCAUUACCAGUAUGAAGAUAGAGACAUGGAUGAUGAGUUUGAUUUUGUUCAGUACAAUAAUUAUGUGGAAGUUAAUAAUGAGCAGUAUACACAUUUUUUUUAUGAUGAUUUUGAUGAAGAGUUCUAACCUAGUUAACUUAAUUCCUUAAUUAAUAUGCUCAUAUAAUACUGGUACAUCUUUUGUGCUCAUCUACCCAUAAUUUUUUUAUUUUUAGAUAUUUUUAAUCCCAACUAUUUUCAAUUCUUUUUUUUUUUACUUAUUUUUAAAUCUUAUAGUUGUUGAGAACAUAAAACCAUUGCUCAGUUUGAUUGAAAAUAAAAGUAUAUUUUGAGAAAUGAUACUCAUCUUGUCAAACAUUGAAUAAAGUACACAACUAAA